AUGGCCGCGCAGGGGCUGGAGGACAGGUUGACCUGUGCCAUCUGCCUGGAGCUCUACCAGGACCCGGUGACGCUGUUCUGCGGCCACAACUUCUGCAGGGCCUGUAUCCAGGACUGGUUGGGCCGCAGCGAGAAGGUGUGCCCAGAGUGCCGGGAGCCCCUCCCCGACAGCGCCGAGCUGCGCCGCAACGUGGCUCUGAGCGGCGUGCUGGAGGAGCUGCGCGUCCGGCCGGCGCCCGACCCCGGCCCCGGCGCGUGCUGUCCCCGGCACGGGAGGCCGCUCGACCUUUUCUGCAGCACCGAGGGCCUCUGCGUGUGCAGCGUGUGCACCGUGCGCGAGUGUCGCCUCCACGAGCGGACGCUGCUGGACGCCGAGCGCCGGGAGCGCGAGGCCCAGCUGAGAGCCACACUGGAGGUCACCCAGCAGCAGGCCACCCAGGCUGAGAGCCAGCUACAGGAACUGCAGCAGCGAAGCAGCCAGAUCCAGAGCUCAGCCUGCACCCUGACCUCCGUGAUCUCUGGCAAGUUCAACCGCCUGCUGCAGGCCCUGGAGAUGCAGCGGGACUUGGCCCUGAGGGACAUCGAGGUGGCCAAGACACAGGCGCUGGAACAGGCCCGGGACGAGAAACAGCGACUGCAGGGCCACCUGGAGGCCUUGUCUUGCUGUGACCACAGGAUUCGCAACCUCCUGGAGCAGUUGGACGACCGGACCUUCCUCCAGGAAUCACAGCUCCUGGCGCCCCCAGGCCCUCUUGGGCCACUGGCUCUCCCACACUGGGACGAAGAUCAGCAGCUGGGUGGCCUGAAGGAGUCCCUGAGCCAGCUCUGUGCCCUCGUCCUGGAAGAGGGGGGCCACCCCGGAGCACCAGCUGAGGCUGCUGACUUUGGCUCCAUGGAGACCCCAGGUCCCCUGGCACCAGUCCCGAGCCUCAUUUGUCCACUGAGGAGGAAACUCUGGCAGAAUUAUCGCAACCUGACCUUCGACCCCAUCAGCGCCAACCGUCACUUCUACCUGUCUCAGCAGGACCAGCGGGUAAAGCACUGUCGCAAGCCCCGGGGCCCAGAUGGGCCGGGCAGCUUCGAGCUCUGGCAAGUGCAGUGUGCCCAGAGCUUCCAGGCCGGGCAGCACUACUGGGAGGUACGUGUGUCCAACCACUCGGUGACGCUGGGCGUUGCCUAUUCAGAACUGACGAGGCGCAAGCUGGGGCCCCACACGGACAACAUCGGUCGCGGGCCCAGCUCCUGGGGGCUCUGCAUUCAGGAGGACAGCACCCAGGCCUGGCACAAUGGGGAGGCCCGGCGCCUCCCGGGGGUAUCAGGGCGGCUCCUGGGCAUGGAUUUGGACCUGACCUCUGGCUGCCUCACCUUCUACAGCCUGGAACCAAAGACCCAACCCUUGUAUACCUUCCAUGCCAUCUUCUCCCGGCCCCUCCACCCCGUUUUCUGGCUCCUCGAGGGUAGGACCCUGACCCUGUGCCAUCGGCCCGAGGCCAAGCUCCCUCCAGGGCUCCAGGAAGAGGCCUCAGGGCUCAGCUGA